AUGCCGUCCAAGUACAGCGCCCCCAAGGCCCAGGCCAUGCAGGCGCCCAAGGUCAAGGACCAGUUCGACCACCUCAUUUGCAACUGCUGCGCGGGAGGCACCAGCACGUUCGUCGCGUCGGUGUUGUGCCCGUGCGCGGUCCUCGGCUCGAACGCGGCGAUGGUCCAGACGGGCGGGCGGGUCGAGGCGUGCACGCUGCUCGAGAGACAGUACGUGUGCUGCAACGAGGACCACGCCGGCCAGAAGGAGUGCCAGAUGCACGCGGGGCUCAUCGGAGGAGGCUGCCUCGCGGCUGCGCUCACGUACGCCCUCGCCCCGUGGCCCCUCAACAUGAUCGGCAACGGCGUGCUCGUGUUGGGCCAGGUUCCCACCGCCAUCCACGGCGCGAGGCAGAGGAGGCUCAUCCGCAAGGACCUUAACAUCACCAGCAGCAACAUGAUCAUCCCGGGCAACUUCGGGGACAUCGUGUGCCACUCCUUCCUCCACCCGCUGGCGCUGGUUCAGGAGCACAGGGAGCUCUGGGAUGCCAAGUACAAAACGAAGCUGGUGAAGAAGGGGUACCUGGACGGACCGGCGGACAAGGCACCGAUGACGCAGGAGUUCGAGGUGAGGUACGACUGCUCGUGCGCGAUGUGCGCCGCGCGCUUCGACAACAUGGCCCAGCUCAUCGAGCACCUGGGGGGCGAGCACGACGUGGGGCAAAUCAAUCGGGUGCUGGCCAGCGGCAAGGGGACUGUGAAGUGCGACAGGUGCAGGGAGACGUUCCCGACAUGCGCGGUGAUGAAGGAUCACGAGUGCACGGGGGCGAGGCCGAUGAGGAGGGAGCCGAAGGAGAAGAAGAGGAGCGCGAAACUCGAGGACGUGGAGGAAGGGUCUGGGGACGACGAGUGA